AUGCUUCUCAAAUCGCUUUUCGGCGCCGCCGCGCUCUUCUGCACCUCCGCCCUCGCGGCCUUUGGUGUGACAGACUCAGGAACCCAGCUCACGGUGGACACCAACGGCGGGCUUGUGUUCAAGGUCAACAAGAGCACUGGUGACAUCAUCUCGCUCGUCUACAACGGCGUUGAGUGCCAGGACUCGUCAAAGUUCUCGCACAUCAGCUCUGGUCUGGGCAGCAGUAAUGUCGUGGCUACUACCUCGGGAAGCUACAUCAAGAUCACUGUCACCACUGACACCUUGAUCCAGUACUACAUUGCCAAGUCUGGCGAUCCAAUCGUCUAUAUGGCCACCUACAUCACCGCGGAACCCACCGUCGGCGAGCUCCGUUUCAUCGCCCGCCUCAAGAAGUCCGCUCUCCCCAACGGUGUCACCGCCUCCGAUGUCGAGGGCGGCACUGUCGUCGAAGGUUCUGACGUCUUCCUCGUCGAUGGCCAGACCCGCUCAAAGUUCUACUCCAGCAAGCGCUUCAUCGAGGACCAAGUCCACUGUGUCACCGGCUCCAGCGUCGCCGCCUGCAUGGUCAUCCCCGGAUACUCAUAUGAGAGCGCGUCCGGCGGUCCCUUCUUCCGCGAUAUCGACAACCAGGGAUCCGCCCAGCAGGAACUUUACUUCUACAUGAACUCGGGACACGUCCAGACCGAGGCGUACCGCAUGGGUCUGCACGGUCCGUACGGGCUUGUCUUCACCAGUGGUUCUACAGCGUCAUCCACCCUUGACUUCAGCUUUUUCAGCUCCCUCUCCAUCACCGGCUUCGUCCCCGUCAGCAGCCGCGGGUACGUUUCCGGUACUGUCUCUGGUGUCACCUCCGACGGUGUCGUCCACUGGAAGAACUCUGCUGCGCAGUACUGGGUGUCCAGCACUGGCUCAUUCACCUCGCCCGCCAUGAAGCCAGGUACCUAUGACAUGAUCCUGUACAGCGGCGAAUACCAGGUUGCGUCUACCACUGUUACAGUCACCGCUGGGUCCACCACGAGCAAGUCCAUCACCGCCACUGCUGGCACCGCGUCCGUCGUCUUCCGCAUCGGCGCCGUCGACGGCCGUCCUACGGGCUUCAAGAACGCCGCUAACCAGCUCGUCAUGCACCCGUCUGACUCCCGCAUGUCCUCGUGGUCACCCGUUACCUUCGCAUGGGGCACUAGCAGCACCGCUGACUUCCCCAUGGCCCAGAUCAAGACCCUACACGGCGGCGACACCUGCGGCGCCGACAAAGAUUGA